GGGGAUUGCUGCUGGUGUCCGCUGAGCAAGAUGGCGGCGGCGCUGGUGCUGGGCGGCGGGGUCGGCCGCCGCGUCCUCCCAAUGUCAUGUGUUGUAUCACCAGGCUUAUCCUCAGCAGUGUCUAUUUUAAUUCAGAAAAGGAAUAUUCACCAUGCUGUUAUACCAGCUGGUAAAAGUGGUCGAUCAUCUUUGAGUGGGAUUGUGGCUACAGUUUUUGGAGCAUCCGGAUUUCUUGGACGAUAUGUGGUUAACAGACUUGGGCGGAUUGGCUCUCAAGUAGUCAUCCCAUAUCGUUGUGAUCCAUAUGAUGUUAACUAUCUCAAACCUAUGGGUGAUCUUGGACAGCUGACUUUUCUAGAAUGGGAUCCUAGAGAUAGAGAUUCCACCAGACAAGCUGUAGAAUGUUCCAAUGUUGUUAUAAAUCUUGUCGGAAGGGAGUGGGAAACCAGUAAUUUCAAGUUUGAGGAUGUCAAUGUCAAAAUUCCACAAGAUAUUGCUCUCGCCUCAAGGGAAGCUGGAGUUGAAAAAUUAAUCCACAUUUCUCAUCUGAAUGCUGAAAUGAAGAGUAUUUCAAAGCUUUUACGAACAAAGGCUGUUGGAGAAAGGGUUGUGAGAGAUGAAUUUCCAGAUUCCAUCAUCAUGAAACCAUCUGAAAUAUUUGGAAGAGAAGACAGAUUCCUAAAUUAUUUUUCACAUAUGCGGUGGUUUGGGCGUGCCACACCACUUAUUUCUAUGGGCAUGAAGACCGUGAAACAGCCUGUAUAUGUGGUGGAUGUGGCUAAAGCAAUUGUAAGUGUUAUUAAAGAACCUGACUCCAUUGGGAAAACAUACAUUAUAGUUGGACCUCAUCGAUACCUUCUGCAUGACCUUGUGGAAUAUGUAUAUGCUGUCAUGCACAGACCGUUUAUUUCAUAUCCAUUGCCAAGGCCUCUCUAUCAUUUGGCAGCACGGCUGUUUGAGAUGAGCCCGUUUGAUCAAUGGACGUCACGAGACAAAGUAGACCGGUUGCACAUCACUGAUAUGAAGUACCCUGACCUUCCUGGUCUGGAGGAUUUGGGGAUUAACCCAACGGCCAUUGAACUGAAAGCAAUUGAAGUUUUACGACGUCAUCGCAGAUACCGCUGGUAUGAUGCUGAAAUUGAUGAUGCUAAACCAGCUACUCCUGUGAAUUACUAAUGUUUCAGAAGAUGUCCAACCUACUUCUCUCGUAAUGUACAUAACUUGAAAUGUUCUGUUUUAAAUAAAUAAAUAUUUAGAGCUGC